AUGUUUCAGCCCACCCUCACCCCACACUCCUCCCUCUCUGAUGCAUACUUGUUAACUACUCUUCUCCGUCCCUAUUUCUCAUAUCUCCUUCUUCUUCACUUCUCUGCUACAAAAUUCGUCAAAUGCACUGAAACACCAAAUCUAUCCCCGACUCUUGUUCCGUGGAUUCAAUCGAGAUUUCUACGUUUUUGCGCGGUCAGUCGGAGGUAUUCUGCCGGAAGAAAUGGCAGCAAUCUUGCCACUACGCAUCAGGAAAGAAAUGGGAAUGGCACACCUGAAAGAGAACCUAUGACUCCACAUUCCCUAACAAAAAUGGGUUCUAGAGAGCGUAGCAGCAUGGAGGAUCCAGAUGGGACAUUAUCGAGUGUUGCUCACUGCAUCGAACAGUUACGCCAAAAAUCAUCAUCUUCACAAGACAAAGAGUUCAGUCUGAAACAGUUACUAGACCUGAUCAAUACACGUGAAGGUGCAUUCAGUGCUGUUAGUUCACAUUCUCAAGCAGUUCCAGUUCUAGUAUCUCUCCUAAGAUCAGGGUCACUUGGUGUAAAGAUCCAAGCAGCUACAGUUUUGGGCUCAUUAUGUAAGGAAAACGAACUACGGGUCAAAGUAUUACUUGGGGGUUGCAUUCCUCCGCUUCUCGCUCUUCUAAAAUCAAAAGAAGGUCAAAUCACAGCUGCAAAGACCAUUUAUGCUGUUUCUGAAGGUGAUGCCAAAGAUCAUGUUGGAUCCAAAAUCUUUGCCACUGAAGGGGUUGUUCCAGUGCUCUGGGAGCAACUCGAAAAGGGUUCAAAAGUAGUUGAUGAUUUGCUGACUGGUGCUUUGAGAAACCUGUGUGGGACCACUGAGGGUUUUUGGUCAGCAACAGUCAAAGCUGGGGGAGAAGAUAUCUUGGUAAAGCUAUUAACACAUGACCAGUCAAACACUCAAGCGAAUGUUUGCUUUUUAUUAUCAUGUAUGAUGAUGGAAGAUGCAUCUGUAUGUUCAAAGAUUUCAACUUCUGAAACUACAAAACAACUCCUGAAGCUGUUAGGACCUGGUUAUGAACCUCCAGUUAGAGCACAAGCUGCAUCUGCUUUAAAGUCUCUUUCAGCUCAAAGCAAAAAAGCAAGAAAAGAUAUAGCAAGUUGUAAUGGCAUCCCUUCUUUGAUUAAUGCCACAAUAGCUCCUUCAAAAGAAUUUAUGCAAGGUGAAGAUGCACAAGCUUUACAAGAGAACGCGAUGUGUGCUCUUGCCAAUAUUUCCGGUGGGUUGUGCCAUGUCAUCACUAGUCUCGGUCAAAGUCUUGACUCGUGCACUUCACCUGGACAGGUGGCGGAUACAUUAGGAGCUUUAGCUUCUGCUCUUAUGAUAUACGGUAAUGAAUCAGAAACCAACAGAGCAUCAGAUCCAUUUGACAUUGAGUUGACUUUAGUCAAACAGUUUAAGCCACGUGUGCCAUUUUUAGUCCAGGAGCGCACCAUAGAAGCUCUUGCUAGUUUGUAUGGGAACGCCACCCUUUCAAGCAAACUUUCAAAUCCUGUCUCAAAACAUUUAUUAGUUGGUUUGAUCACAAUGGCAACCAAUGAAGUUCAAGACGAGUUAAUAAAAUCACUACUUGUUUUAUGCAACAAUGAGGGCAAUUUGUGGAAUGCUUUACAAGGUCGUGAAGGCGUUCAGAUGUUGAUUUCUCUUCUUGGACUUUCAUCAGAACAGCAACAGGAAUGUGCUGUUGCAUUGCUUUGUAUGUUGUCAAAUGAGAAUGAUGAAAGUAAAUGGGCAAUCACAGCUGCUGGUGGAAUCCCGCCACUUGUACAAAUUCUUGAAACGGGGUCCGCAAAAGCACGUGAAGAUUCUGCUACAAUUCUUGGGAACCUCUGUAAUCACAGUGAAGAUAUAAGGAACUGUGUUGAAAGUGCUGAUGCUGUUCCUGCUUUGUUAUGGCUGUUGAAAAAUGGAAGCUCAAAUGGGAAAGAGAUUGCUGCAAAGACAUUGAACCAUUUGAUUCGAAGAUCAGAUACAGCAACUAUAAGUCAACUCACUGCACUGUUGACCAGUGACCUUCCGGAAUCCAAAGUUUAUGUUUUGGAUGCGUUAAAAAGUUUACUUUCCAUUGCCCCGAUUACUGAUCUACUACGUGAAGGUAGUGCACCCAAUGAUGCAAUUGAAACAAUGAUCAAGAUUUUAGGGUCUACAAAUGAAGAGACACGUGCGAAUUCUGCCAUGGCUCUUGGUGGGAUCUUUAAUCUAAGAAAGGAUUUACGUGAAAGCAGUAUGGCUAUCAAGACUCUUUCCUCUGUGAUGAAACUUUUGGAUUCUGAUUCUGAGACCAUUUUGGCAGAGUGUUGUGGGUGUCUUUCUGCAAUUUUUCUAUCAGUGAAAGAAAAUCAUGAUGUGGCUGUUGUUGCAAGGAACAUGCUACCUGCAUUACUGACACUUUCAAGAUCUUCAGCUUUACAAGUUGCAGAACAGGCUUUAUCUGCUUUGGCAAGCCUUUUGUUGGACAAUGAAGUUGUGGAGAAACUUUCACCUCAAGAAAUCAUUAUGCCAGCCACUAGAGUUCUUCUUGAAAAGAAAGCCACCAGAAAAAACCAUGCUGCAUUAGCGAUUUCCCGCCUUCGAUUGGAUUCUGUUUCUACCUUAACUGAGUACGUGAAUGAAACUGGAACAGUUCUUGCAUUGGUUUCUUUCAUGGAAUCGAGUAAUUCUGGAGCUAUUGCCACGUCAGCAGGACUAGAUGCACUCGUUGUUUUGUCAAGACUAAAAGGAUCAGGUGACAUCAAACCUGCAUGGGCAGUGCUGGUUGAACAUCCAGAGAGUAUAACUCCCAUUGUUUCAUUGAUCAAUGGUGCAACUACUCUCUUACAGGACAAAGCAAUAGAAAUCUUGUCAAGGCUUUGCCAUGAUCAAUGUGUUGUUCUUGGAAACGCGAUUCUACAAUCUCAUUGCACUUCUUUGAUUGCAAAAAGAGUAAUCGAUUCAUCAAACACAAGAGUUAAAAUUGGUGGGACUUCGCUUCUCGUUUGUGCUACAAAAGUAAAUAUCCAAAGAGUGAUGGAGGACCUCCAUGAAGCAAAUUUUCAUUCCCAAUUUAUUCGGUCUCUUGUUUUGAUGUUAAGUUCUCCUGUUUCUUCUCAUUCGGAAGACAUGGACUCCAUAAGCAUCUGCAGAUGUCCUGGUGAGAAAAGGACUAGUACAUCAGUUAUAAAUGGUGCUAGCAUCUCGAUCUGGCUACUUUCUGCUAUUGCUAGCCAUGAUGAAAAAUAUAAAAUUCAGAUUACAGAAGCAGGAGCUGUUGAAAUUCUUACAGGAAGAAUCUCACGUCUAUUGCCAUACAGCCAGUUGGAUGUUGAUGAGGAUAAUAGCAUCUGGAUAUGCACACUACUGUUAGCAAUUCUAUUCCAAAACAGAGAUAUUAUACGUGCAAGUGCAACAGUAAAAGCUAUUCCAGCUCUUUCUUCUUUGUUAAGAUCAGAAGCGCCAGCCAACAGAUACUUUGCUGCACAAGCUAUAUCCAGUCUAGUCAGCAAUGGAAGCAGGGGAACACUUCUUUCUGUUGCCAACUCAGGAGCUGCAAAUGGGCUCAUAUCAUUACUCGGGUGUUCCAAUUCCGACUUACAUGAUUUCCUUCAAUUAUCCCAAGAAUUCUCUUUGCCACCUCACCCAGAAGAAGUCGCUCUCGAGAGAUUAUUUAGAGUUGAUGACAUCAGAGUCGGUGCCACUUCACGAAAGUCAAUCCCCACUCUUGUUGACCUCCUGAAACCAAUCCCGGAUCGACCCGGUGCCCCGUUUCUCGCACUCGGACUUCUAAUCCAGCUCAGUACUGAUUCUCCAUCCAACAAGAUCGCUAUGGUGGAAUCCGGUGCUUUAGAAGCUCUAACAAAGUACCUCUCACUCGGUCCACAAGAUGCAACCGAAGAAGCUGCCACCGAUCUACUUGGCAUCCUAUUUGGCACUGCUGAGAUACGAAAACACGAGUCAGCAUUCAGUGCGGUGACUCAGCUUGUUGCUGUGUUACGUCUAGGUGGAAGGCGUGCGCGAUACAGUGCUGCUAAAGCACUUGAAAACCUCUUUUCUGCUGAUCAUAUAAAAAACGCGGAAUCUUCUCGCCAGGCUGUACAACCAUUGGUGGAAAUUUUGAACAAUGGUUUGGAAAAGGAACAGCAUGCUGCUAUUGCAGCAUUGGUUAGGCUUCUCAGUGAUAACCCAUCCAGAGGGCUUACUGCUGCUGAUGUGGAAUUAAAUGCGGUUGAUAUCCUUUGUAGAAUUCUUUCAUCGAAUUCUUCAAUGGAGUUGAAAAGUGAUGCUGCUGAAUUAUGCUGUGUGCUAUUCGAAAACACAAGGAUCAGAUGUACUGUUACUGCUGGUCGUAGUGUCGAGCCGUUAAUUUCGCUUCUCGUUUCCGAAUUUACCCCUGCUCACCUUUCGGUUGUUCGUGCACUCGAUAGACUCAUAGAUGAUGAGAAUUUAGCCGAAUUGGUUUCAGUACACGGUGGAAUAAUCCCUCUUGUGGGACUUUUACACGGGAAAAACUACAUGCUUCAUGAAGCAACCUCUUUAGCUCUCGUGAAAAUGGGAAAAGAUAGACCUUCUUGCAAGAUUGAAAUGGUGAAAGCUGGAGUCAUUGAUAAUAUUCUCAAAAUCCUCCAAGAAGCACCGGAUUUUCUUUCUGCUGCUUUUGCUGAAUUGCUAAGAAUCUUGACAAACAAUGCUAUAAUCGCAAAAGGUCAAUCUGCAGAGAAAUUGGUCAAACCCCUUUUCGUGUUGUUAACAAGACCAGAGCUUGGACCCGAUGGACAACAUAGUGUUUUGCAGGUUUUAGUGAAUAUCUUUGAGCAUGAACAAUGUCGUACUGAUUACAUCUUGUCCCCUCACCAAGCCAUUGAACCUCUCAUUCCUUUACUAGAUUCUAAUUCUACAGCAGUUCAAAAGACAUCAGCUGAGCUUUUAUCUUAUCUUCUUCUUGAAGAACAUUACCAGAAGGAUUCCAUGAUACAACAAGUGAUCGGUCCAUUAAUGCGAGUUCUUGCUUCCGGGAUUCCGAUUUUGCAGCAAAGAGCUUUAAAAGGUCUUGUUAGCAUUGCACUCACUUGGCCUAAUGAGAUUGCAAAAGAGGGUGGUGUAAGUGAAGUAUCAAGAGUCAUAAUGCUAUCCGAUUCCUUUCUUACAAAUCCUUUGUGGGAAUCUGCUGCUACUGUUUUAUCUAGUAUACUUCAGUUCAGUUCAGAGUUCUAUCUUGAAGUGCCCAUUGCAGUUUUGGUACGUUUGCUACAUUCAAACUCAGAAGCCACUGUAAUCGGUGCACUGAAUGCUCUUUUAGUCCUGGAAAGUGAUGAUUCCAUGAGUGCAGUAGCCAUGGCAGAAAGCGGUGCAAUUGAGGCUCUUUUGGAGCUUCUGAGGUGUCAUUUAUGCGAAGGAACUGCUGCAAGAUUGCUUGAAGUUUUACUACAUAAUGUGAAGAUUCGAGAAACGAAAGCUAUCAAAUCAGCUAUCUUACAGCUAUCACAAUACCUGUUACAUCCGCAAACUCAAGCUCAACAAGCGAGAUUGUUGGCAACUCUUGCUCUUGGAGAUCUGUUUCAGAAUGAAAGUUUGACACAAUCUAGUGAUGCUGUUGUGGCGUGUCGUGCUUUGGUGAAUGUGCUUAUCGAUCAACCUUCUGAAGAAAUGAAAGUGGUGGCUAUCUGUGCUUUGCAGAAUCUUGUGAUGUCUAGUCGCCCAAAUAAAAGAGCAGUUGCAGAAGCUGGCGGGGUCCAGGUGGGACUGGAUCUGAUUGGUUCAAGUGAUGGUGAUACAUCGAUUCAGGCAGCAAGGUUUAUUAAGCUUCUUUUCUCUAACAAUGCCAUCCAAGAGUAUGCCUCUAGUGAAACUGUCAGAGCUAUAACUGCUGCUAUUGAAAAGGAUUUGUUGGCUAAUGGAAUGGUAAACGAAGGGUAUCUGAAAGCUCUGAAUGCUCUCUUUGGCAAUUUCCCACGUUUAAGAGCCACUGAACCUGCAACAUUAAGCAUCCCACAUUUAGUGACAUCUCUGAAGACAGGGUCAGAAGCAACUCAAGAAGCUGCAUUAGAUGCACUAUUUCUUCUGAGGCAAGCAUGGUCAGCUUGCCCACCUGAUGUCUCCAAAGCCCAAUCAGCUGCUGCUGCAGAUGCAAUUCCAUUGUUGCAGUAUUUGAUCCAAUCAGGGCCUCCCCGAUUUCAUGAGAAAGCCGAAUUCUUGUUGCAGUGUUUGCCGGGGACAUUAACAGUGACGAUUAAACGUGCCAAUGAUUUGAGACAGUCAGUUGGAAACCCUAGUGUGUACUGCAAGGUUACACUGGGAAAUUCUCCUUCAGUGCAAACUAAGGUGGUAUCAACUGGGCCAAAUCCUGAAUGGGAUGAGAACUUUGUGUGGUCAUUUGAAAGCCCUCCAAAAGGCCAAAAGCUACAUAUCUCAUGCAAGAAUAAAAGCAAGAUGGGGAAGAAAUCAUUCGGGAAAGUGACUAUCCAGAUUGACCGUGUUGUGAUGAUGGGAGCAGUGGCGGGUGAAUACGCUUUGUUGCCACAAAGCAAAACUGGGGCCUCCAGGAUUCUUGAAAUAGAAUUUCAAUGGUCAAACAAGUAAAAUUAUCUGGCUCAUGAGUAUAUAUAGCGAGGUCAUACGUUCAGAUCUUUUUUUGGUACACACAAAGAAUAAAUCAUAACAAGAAAUCACAAGGACGUGUGUUAUUUUUCUCUUUUAUUGUGCC